UCGCGUCACCUCGGCGAUGCGAGAAAAGUGAAAUACACAACAGUCAGAGAGGUCGUGACAAAAGAGACGCACAACACACGCGGUCAGACGCGUCUUGUGCUCAUGUCGUCCAGGAGCAGCGGAGCGGCCGCGGCCGCCGCGGCGCCGCCGCCGCCGCCUCCCGGGCGCCCGGGGAUGAGCUGCCGCAAGACGGUGGAGAAGUGGAAGGGACACAUCAUCCGCCAGCUCCGCCGCCGGGACAAGUGUCAACACGCCAUGUUCCGAGACGUCAUCCAGCGCUACUCCCACCUGCUGGAGAAGACCACCUUCACCAAGGGCCUCCUCCAUUCAGCUGCCAGGCUGCCGUCCGGUGACUCCGGUGUCUCAGUGUCUGAUUGGCUCUCCCAAAACAAGGACCUAAAGGAAAUCACUGGAGAGUUGGCGUACCAGGUGGUGGCGCUGCAGCAGGAUGUUAAAACCAGGGAGUGUGUUCUGCAGAAUCAGUAUUCCAGGAUAACAGAGCUCCGGUGCCGGCUGUCCGAAGCAGAGGCAGAGCAGCAGAACCUGGAGAGUCAGAUCACUCAGGUCCAGGAGGGGAACUGUGUUCUGAAGAAGGAGUAUGAUGCUCUUCUGCAGCGCCACCGGGUGGUGGAUGAGACUUUUCGCCAGGAGAAGAUGCGUGGCUGCAGGCUCCUGGAGGAGAUGAUCCACUGGAAGAAGCAGGCAGCCGCCCACAUGAAUAACUGCAAUGAGCGCCGGUCCAGAGCACGUGAAGCAAACAUCCAGAGAGAACUCCAGACGGCAGCUAACAACCCAGUCAACAUUGAUCUAUCUGUGUCUCCAGUGAACGAGAUCCAGGACAAACCAGAGAGACGACAAACCAGACCCUUCAGGUCAGCGUCUGCAACCUCUCCACGGAUUCUUAAUUCCAUCAAGGAGCUGUUUGAAAGGAAGCGGCGUGGCAGCUCGGUGUGCGGUGUGGAGGAGGACUUGGUCUCUCGGGUGGGGGUUUGCGUGGCGGCCAGACUGCCCGUCAGAGCCCUUCAUGUGCUGGAAGCUCAUGAGCAGGGCAUCAAUGCUGUCAAGUUCAGCACCACCCUACUGGCCACCGGAGGUACUGACCGUCUCAUCAAACUCUGGGAUAUCAAAGCAGGAAUGCUUCACCACAGAGGGACGCUAGAUGGCAGUACAGAGGGCAUCACCAGCAUCGAGUUUGAUCCAGUGGGGAUGAGGAUUUUGGCUGCCUCAUACGACAAGUCAGCCCUGUUGUGGCGCCUGGAUGGGUCCGUUCUCCAGGUGACGCUAACGGGUCAUUCUCGUAAAGUGACGUCUGCUAAGUUUAAAUGCGGCCUACACCAGGUGGUAACAGGAAGUGCAGACCGGACCGUAAAACUGUGGGAUGUUCACCGAGCAGCUUGCAUUCACACCAUUGCGGCGGAGUCGUACUGCAGUGAUCUGGUCUGCUGUGAUAACUGCAUCGUCAGCGGUCACUAUGACAGCAAGAUUCGCCUCUGGGAUACCAGAGCUGCUACCUGCAGCCAGGAGCUUCCUGCUCAGGGGAAGGUGACAUCUUUGGACAUAUGCCCCGCCCAGCGCCAGCUCCUUAGCUGUUGCCGUGAUGACUGCCUCCAAUUGAUGGACCUGAGGAGGAGCAACCCCAGGCUCUGCUUCAGAGCUGAUGGUUUUAAAUGUGGCAGUGACAGCACCAAGGCUGUGUUCAGUCCAGAUGGAGGCUUCGUGGCGGCGGGUUCGGCAGACGGAGCCGUCUACAUCUGGAAUGUCUCCACUGGGAACCUGGAGGCCCGCCUGCCGGACCAACACAGCUCCUCUAUCAGUGCAGUGGCCUGGUCUCUCUCUGGAGAUUAUGUAGUCAGUGUGGACAAGAGUAGGCGGGCCAUCCUCUGGAGUGACAUCUGAUUCAGCCAAUCCUAACACGGGACCACUUCGGAUGCCCUUCAAACAAAACACACGCAGAUGGGUGUCCAGAGUUUCAGGCGUCGUCAGGACACGAAUUUGUGAUUUUAUUGCUUUUUAAACCAUUUGAAAUGACUUGAGAAGGUUCGGAUGUCAGUGGAGAUCUUCUGGCUGCUGGUUGAGGAGGAAGCAUUGAUUAUUCAAAUCCAACCACGGUCCUCCGCCAGUGAGCCGAUGUCUUUCUACAGGAAAACCGACGAGUUCAAUUUUAGUGGGACUCACUGAAUGAGGCUAAUCGUUCUUUCCUUUUCCUCUCCACUUCAUCUCGGCAUGGAGACAAAACAGCUGUAGAAAAACUGGAAGUUGUCCGGUUUGGAGGUUUCCCAGCUAGGGAAGGCUGGAAUACCAACCAAGCACAGCAGGCAACGGGCCCGGAGGCACCAGGUUUGCCACGUGUCAAUUUUGUUUGUGGUAAUUUAAUUAAAUGCACGUUUGUUUGGGACUAUGCACCGUUUAAGCACAAUAUUAACUGAAAUGAUAGGGGCCUUAGGAGGGGCCCAUGUACACAGAGUGGACAAUCGGUUAGCUUGGUUGGGGCCCAUAGCACAUUUUUGCCCUCUAGUGAGUUACACUGGCCAUGAUUGAAGGACGAGAACUGUCUUUCUAAAUAACUCCUCUCUCUCCACUGCUAUAUCAUCUCACACCUUCACGCCUGUCACUUCCUGUUUUUAUGUCACUUCCUGUUUCCCUGUCAUUUCCUAUCUAUCUCUGUUGCCCCCUAGCCCCUAGUGAGUUAAACCAGCCAUGAUUAAAGGACAAGAACGCCUCUGUCCUUCUCAAUAACUCCUCUCUCUCCACUGCUAUAUCAUAUCACACCUUCAUUGUCUGUCACUUCCUGUUUAUCUCUGUUGUUAUUGCUGCGGCUGUUGUCUUGAUUCUUCAAGUGUCAUGUUUAUUUGUCUAAUAUGAAAGCAGGUUUACACUCAUUCUCAUAAUGAAAUGCUCAUAUUGUUGUUGGCACAACACACAAGUGGUAAAUAAAAGUGCUUAUUAAAGUGCCUAGAGAAAUCAAAGUGCAAGAACAGGAUACAUGUAGAAAAACGGUCAGUGUGGUCUAUUCCAUUGCCUACCAACACAGGGAUCGCCAGUUCGAAUCCCCGUGUUGCCUCAGGCUUGGUUGAGCGUCUGUUCGGGGGGACUGGGGGGAAUAACGUGAUCCUCCCACACGCUACGUCCCCCUGGUGAAACUCCUCACUGUCAGGUGAAAAGAAGCGGCUGCUGACUCCACAUGUAUCGGAGGAGGUAUGUGGUAGUCUGCAGCCCUCCCCGGAUCAGCAAAGGGGCUGGAGCAGAGACUGGGGCAGCUCGGAAGAGUGAGGUAAUUGGACUUUGAAUGUACUUUGCUGGGCAGUACAACAGUAGAGAAUGUGUGUACAACAGUAAGAUGAUAGGUGCAGUGGUACUAUAAACAGCAAACUUGCACAAAUGGCAGAUUGUGCCGUCGGUGGCAGCAACCACGAUGGUAUUGUAAGCGGUAGAACCGUAGACUUGUACAAAUAGCAAUUGAGUGUUUGCUUUGAGAGUCUUACGGCCUGGAGGUAGAAGCUGUCUGGAAACCUGUUGGUCCAAGACUUGACGCUCUGGUACCUCUUGCCCGACAGAAGUAGAGAGAACGGUUUGUGUCCAGGGUGGCUGGGGUCCCUGAUCAUUUUUUCCGCUUUGUGUUGAAUUUGAAAAGCAGCUUUUCUGUUCGGAAGAGUCCGGUCCUCGAGCUGAAAGGGAAGUUCUGGUUUUAGCUUCAUGUCACUUUAGUUUGGUCUGUAGAAAUGUGCAGCUGUUUGCACAAAGAGCACGUCAACCUAAAACCAAAUAACCGUCUUUUAUAUCACGUCUUUGUCUCCCGUUUUAGCCAAAAACAUUCAAUGUGAAGAUUCAGACUGUGUAAACUGGGUUGGCCAUGUGAAGUAUUUGUGUUAUUCUAAUUGUUAUUACGUGGUGUCAGUCACUUGUUAGAGAGUAAGAAGCUAAGUAUUACGUACGCCAAACUUUAUGUUGCAAUCCUGAAAAUUUACAUGGAAACAAGUUGUUUUUUAUUCUUUCCAUCUCUGUUGUGUUUAAAAUAUAAUCCAUGAACACCAAGUCCUGCAGACUGCAGCAGGAUGUGAUGUGGAUGUCUGUUGUCUGGUAGGACUUUGCCAGGAAAAAUGACAGUGUGUAUAGUGUCACCACCUACACAGGACACACACUGGUACAGUAACACCAGCAGAUCCAGGACUGUAGCUUUAAAGUGGAAGUAUUAAGACACUGUGUUUAAAUUGUUUGUGAAUAAGGGACCGUGUGUAAACUGUUAAAAACAGGUUUCUGUGUACUUUGAAAUAAGGGAAUAUUUUGACACUUUUAUUUAGUAAAACGGAAACUCAGAAAGGAA